AUUAUCGGCAGCUAAAUAUCUGUUCUGCGUUCACUUCGACGGGAAUCUACUGUCAGAAUAAGUUGCGGUGCAAAUCAUGUGAAUUUACAGUAAAAUGCUCUCUGUAGCUGCCAGAAUUUUUACUAUAAAUGUACAGGAUCAUAGAAGGGGAAUUAAUCAUUUCAUAGCCAUUCAGACAAAAGCUGAUUUGUCUUUGAUUAUCCAGCUCAGCUCAAAACUUCAAAACAAAGAUGGUCUGCUUCUUAAUGAGUGAGAUCUGCUGCGCUGUUGGGCAACUAAUUGAUGCGGAUCAACUUCGGACAAACAUCCAGUGGCUCCAUGUGAUUUCAGCGCUUCUGUACAGCAGGAGUUUCCAUCUGUUGAGUAACCGGUUCCUGUAACCUGCAGAUGGGUUCUGCGUCUGCACCUGCAAGCAUGGCCGUCUUAACCAACAGCACAUGUGACACCCUGUAUGACCAUAGGAAAUACGCCCGGGUCCUCAUACCUAUUUUCUACUGUGUUGUUUUCAUUGUUGGGUUGCUUGGCAACACCCUUGCCCUACAUGUUAUUCAGAUAAACCUGAAGAAAAUGAACUCCACCACAUUGUACUCGCUCAACCUAGUCAUCUCUGACAUCCUCUUCACUCUCUCUUUGCCUCUGAGGAUCGUAUACUACGCUCAGGGUUUCCACUGGUCUCUAGGUGAGGCGCUCUGUAAGAUAUCAGGCUUUUUGUUCUACAUCAACACCUACGCGGGGGUCAACUUCAUGACUUGCCUCAGUGUGGACCGCUUCAUCGCCGUCGUCUUGCCUCUUCGCUUUGCUAAAUUCAGGAAAGUCAGAAAAGUCCGCUACAUCUGCGUUGGCGUGUGGAUGUUGGUUCUGGUGCAGACCCUGCCCCUACUUGGAAUGGAGAUGACAAAUAGGGAGCCUCAAAACUUCACCACCUGUAUGGAAUACCCCAACUUUGAAAAGGUGGAUAAUAUUGCAACCAUCCUGAUUGGCGCAGUCUUUUUGGGCUUCUUCAUCCCUGUGGUCACCAUACUGGUCUGCUACUCCUUCCUGAUCUCCAAGCUGCAUCUCGCAGCCAAGAACAACCACCUGACAGACAAAUAUGGCCGCAGUCGCAAGGCCAUCGGUGUGAUCUGCUGCGUGUCUGUGGUGUUCGUCAUCUGCUACAGCCCCUACCACAUUGACAUCUUUCAGUACAUGAUCCGCAAGCUGGUGUCCAACCCUGACUGUGCGGACCUCACGGCCUUUCAAGUGUCACUGCACAUCACGGUCUGUCUGAUGAACUUAAACUCCUGCUUGGAUCCGUUCAUUUACUUCUUCGCCUGCAAGGGAUACAAACGGAAACUCCUGAAGCUGAUGAAGAGGCAUGUCAGCGUUUCCUUUUCCAGUGCAGUCAGGACGUCACCCGAAGGUUCCUCAAAGGACUUCAUCGACGGGCACAAGAUGCAGCACAACAGCGAGAGGCUCAUGGAAUGGAAAUUGCACGAGCAAGACCAAAGUACGGAACCGGGGCAAAGUGAAAGGACAUAUAGAAUCUCACUCAGCAUGAACAGUACCUAAGAUAAACCACUGAUGGACAACAGGAGGAAUCCGAACCAACGUGAGGCACAUUCUUUUGUACAUUUUUCAAGAACAAUUACUGAGUGUUAAUUUAAAACAGAAUGUAAGAUGUUACUCAUUACUUAAACCAGCAUACAUAUUUUUGCAUCUAUGUAAAGAAAGGAUGCCCCCUCCCCCACCCCCCUUCGAUAAAAUCUAAUUAGGGUGGAGUGAGUAUGAAAUAUACUGUAUCUAUACUGUGUUUUUCUAUGAAAUUAGGGAUUAAUUUGACAAUAAAAUAAAUCCUGACACUGCAACCCAAAAUCACAGUAGAUCUUAUUUGAAUAAUAGUGAUUAUUUGAAUAAUAAUAUGUAAGGUUAGUAAUAAACUUUAUUUAGAAAGAGACAAUGUGCAGCUACAACAUAAAUGUCACCAUUUGAUGCUCAGUACCAGAGCACACCAUAAGCUAAUUUGCAUCUGCAGUCUCUUGAACAAAAUCGAUAAAGCAACGGAGCUCUGAUCUACUUUCCACUUCGGAAAUAUCUGUUCGGGUUCUUGUUGGCGCAAAUAGUGAGCCAGCCAAUCAGCGACUGAGGACAAUUGCAUAUCUAAAUGCAGUGAAAACACUCAAACCAAGCAGCAGAACAGGAAUGAAAACCGUAUGUCAGUUACUUUGAAUGUGGCAUGGUUUUGGUGUGAGACUGGCUCAUCUGGGUAUUUUCAGAAACUACCGAUCUAAUGGGAUUUUCUC